AUGACAGUAACCAAUGGUCACGGUGAACUCCCUGCGGUCACGUAUGGCUUCAUCGGCCUUGGCAACAUGGGAUACCGCAUGGCUAAGAAUCUGCGAUCAGAACUCUCAGCUGACUCGGCUCUUGUGGUUUGCGAGGUCGUACAGUCUGUGCUGGACAAGUUUGUGGGUGAGACGAAGGGACUGAUCAGGGUCGCCAAUACCCCCAAGGAGGUUUCCGAGCAGAGCGUAAGCUGCGACAAUGCACCGAUAGAAAUCGGCUCGCUGACAGACAUGAAGGACAUCAUCUUAACUAUGCUGCCAGCGGGGAAACAUGUCAAACAAGUCUUUACCGACCAAUCUAAUGGCCUUCUCUCCAUCUCAAAAUCUUCGAAGCCGAAACUUUUCAUCGAAUGCAGUACUAUUGACGUCCCAACGUCUCUGGAGGUUGCUGAAGCCGUGUCGCAAUCCGCUCUUGGCUCUUUUGCUGAUGUCCCUGUAUCCGGUGGUCCCACCGGCGCCGAAGCAGCUACUCUUACGUUCAUGGCAGGCGGCUCUACAGACGUCAUCGGAAGAGUAAAGCCCAUCGUGAUGACCAUGGGCAAAACAUUUUUCCACUGCGGCGGCGCGGGUGCAGGACUCGCCACUAAGCAGAUCAAUAACUACAUAUCAGGCAUUUGUAUGCUUGGGACUGCGGAAGCAAUGAACUUGGGAAUCCGCUACGGCCUCGAUCCGAAAGUGCUGGCAGGCGUCAUCAACUCUAGCACCGGGCGAUCGUACAAUAGCAUAGAGCAGAACCCCGUCAAAGGCAUCAGCCCUAAUAGCUCAGCAGAACGAGAUUUUGAGAAUGGCUUUUCCAUCGAGCUUUGUAAGGGCGUUUUGCACAUGGCAAUCAAUUUGGGGGAGAGAGUUGGCGCAAGGCUCCCGCUGAGUCAAGGCCUGAUCGACACUUAUGAGGCGGCGAGCAUGGAUGAUAGGUGUAAGGGCAAAGAUUGCAGAAGUGUGUACAGGUAUGUUGCGGAUAAUUGA